CCCAGCUCUUCACUCUACACGCAAUUCUUCAAUACCACUACAUCCCAAGCUCAACUCCCAUCUCAAGCUCAUUCUGCAACAACAUUCAUAAUGCCAAAAGCCACCACCACCCCGAAGAAAACCCACUACGAAAUCCUAAAUCUGCCUCGAAUAGCGACCCUCGAGCAGAUCAAGCGCGCCUACCGAAAAGUCCAGCUCCAGAGCCACCCAGACAAAACAGGCGACCUUCCACAAAGCAAGCGCAAAGAACUCGAAGCCAUCUCUAAAGCAGCAAACGCAGCGUAUGAAGUCCUCUCCGACGCGGGAGCGCGCCGCAAAUACGAUAAAAGCUUGGGCUUCACGACAUCAUCUCAUCCAUACGGACACAAACCGAGCAGCAAAUCUACUUCCCCCUCAACACCGCCACCACCACCACCAGCUCCGCCAUCAAGCCCACCACCACGCCCCGCCCCAGCACCCCCCAAACACACCGCCUACCCCAACUGCCUCACCGAAGCCACCUACCGCUACAUGUACACCUCCACCGGCACCGUCAUCGACAUCGCCAUCAGCGACUGGCGCCUGCAUCUCAACCUCUCCUCCAAGUUCCGCUUCCUCAACGACGUCACCGAGCGUUUCUCCCCCGCCUCAGAUACAGACACCGUAAGCUUCGAGAUCGGUCUGCAGCGCGACCUAGAAUCCCCCGAAGCUCACUCUCCCACCAUCAACGAGCUCACUGUGAAGAUUCACUCCAUCCCCAGCGCCCGCCACCGCAUCUCCGCGCUGCAAACCCUCUUCAGAGAAUGCGCCGCCUCCUCCUCCCUCACCACCACCACGUUAACCGUCCGCAUCACCGCCGAGCCAUGCCAGGCCGGCGAGGCCAUCUUCCCCUGGGAGUUCGGCUUCGACUUCGACAUGAGCACGCUGGUGGUUGCGCGGAAUCGCGGCACGUGUCUGAUGUUCAGCCGCGAGGAGCCGCCGGCGUACAUGGAGACGUAUCUGGGGCCCGAUAGCCCGAAUUAUGAGCUGAUGAAGGAUAAGCGGUUGAAGGCGGAUGGGUUUGCAGAGUUGUUUGCGGAGCGGCUGUUGAGGAUGAGGUAUGGGGAGGUGGAGAUGUGGAGGUGUGCGGCGGUGGGGUAUAGACGUGAGCGGUAG